GCCUGUACAGAGAGGACGAUUUAACGGAGUUUGGGCAGAUAUAUGGUCUUUGAACAAACAUAGGUAUAAUAAGGACGUAAAGAUCACCUUUUUUCCGGUGUAAAGAUGCGGGAUACUACAGUUCAGAAAUAUUUAUUUGCGUUAAUAUUAUUCCUAUCAUCGAUAUCAGAACAAGUUCAGAGUAAUUUGCUAAAUAUCGAUGAUCGUCCAAUUGAAAAACAUCAUCAUGAAAGACCUACCGAAGAAAACAACGACAUCAAAUUAAAAAUCAUUCAAUUGAUAGAAAUAAGAUUAGUCCAUUUCGCUAUCCAGGAAACGGAAAGCCUAACCAACAUAUACUCGGGUUUCAAAGCACAAUCUAGUGAUCUACAUCUGGCAGUAAAAGGACUUGAAACUUUGAAUAAUGCUGCGGCUGCUAAUAUUGAUAAAAUCGGACCAGUUAAACUCACGUUUUUUAGCCAAAAGCAGAAAGAAAAGAGCGGUAUGUCGAAGAUUUGUGAAAUAUACGAAGACGAAGUAGAUGAUGUUUUGAGGAAUUUUGCACUUCGCACGAGGCCUCCAAAAUCCAAGCUUUUUCUUUUGAAGAAAGAAAAUGCUUGGUCCAUCCCAGUUAUCCCUAAUCAUUGUUUGAAUUUGUAAUUAUUCAGUGCGGAAGGGGAACAAAAGUGAGUUUAACAACGCAAUUCAGAAAGAAGCACCGUCAGAAGCCAAGGAAUUCCCAGUCGAAAACAAAGAAAAUAUCUUUGUCGUUGAUAUUGUCGUAUCAAGGAUAAUAGGGCAUCCCUCUUCGGUUAAGUAAACCCAGAGAAUUAUCCGCGUUAGUUAAACGCGGAUAAUUCUCCGUCUGUAAACUACCUCUUCAUCUUCCAAAAACCAUUAUUUUAUAUUAAUCAAGCGACCAUGUGAUCGCUAAUUACAAUAAUUACCAGUGAACUGUCG